AUGGCUGUAUUCCCAGUGGUGGUGUUUCUGGCCACUGUGACACUUCUGACUUUACCUGCUGAAGGAAAGGAUCCAGCUUUUAAGGCUUUAUUAACUACCCAGACAUCAGUCCAAAAAGAGAUUGUAAAUAAGCACAAUGAAUUACGGAAAGGAGUGUCUCCAAGUGCCAGCAACAUGUUGAAGAUGGAAUGGAACAGAGAUGCUACAACAAAUGCUCAAAAAUGGGCAAACAAGUGCACUUUAGAACACAGUAAUCCAGAAGACCGAAAAACCAGUACAAAAUGUGGUGAGAAUAUCUAUAUGUCAAGUGACCCCACUUCCUGGUCAAAUGCAAUCCAAAGUUGGUAUGAUGAGAGUCAUGAUUUUGUCUAUGGUGUAGGGCCAAAGAGCCCCAAUGUAGCUGUUGGACAUUAUACCCAGGUUGUCUGGUACUCAUCUUUCCGCAUUGGAUGUGGAAUUGCCUUCUGUCCCAAUCAAGAGCACUUAAAAUAUUUCUAUGUUUGCCAUUAUUGUCCUGCUGGUAAUAAUAUCAAUCAAAAGCAUAUCCCUUACAAAGAAGGAGCACCGUGUGCCAGCUGCCCUGAAAAAUGUGAAAAUGGACUGUGCACCAACGGCUGUGAGUAUGAAGAUCUCCUUAGUAACUGUGCAGACUUGAAGAUGAAAGCUGGCUGUGAACAUGAGUUGCUCAAGGAAAAAUGCCAGGCUACUUGCAAAUGUGAAAACAAAAUUUACUAA